AUGGCAAGAAAAAGAAAUUGUAGGGACUGCAAAAAAGAACUAACGGAUAAAUAUUUUCUUUUCACUGGAACUUUUCCUUUUUCUGGUGAAGAGGGAGAUGGAACCAGAACAUCAGCAAGUAGAGCAAAUUAUUGUGCUUCUUGUCGCAUAAAAUGGAAUCUUCCUGAUAACAAAACCUUAUUAAAUUCAAUUCGAAAAGCCCGCCAAGAAUUAGAACCCUAUUUACAAAAACCCGAAAUAGAUGCUCGGAAUAAAGAUUAUAAGCAAAAAGUGGUUCAACCUGUCGUAGAGGAAAUUUUAGGGGGAAAAUUAGAUGAGGAAAUUAAUACUGAACUAGAAGGACAUAUUCCUGGGUAUUGUGCUGGUCGUGCCGAAGGAAGUUUUAACAUUAACGGCAAAUCAGAUAACAAAUUAGCCCUCCAAGCCUUUUUACGAGCCUUGACAAUUAAAGAAAAAGAACUAAAAAAAGAAUUGCCAGAAGAAAACAAUUUGCCAACUAAUGAUGACAAUAAUUCCCCACUACCAGAUAACUCUCCACAUCCACCACCAAAACCAAGCAGCAAUGGGAGCAAUAGCCCUCCACCUAAUGAAUCUAAUUACACUUUAUGA